CAUUCAAUAUGGCAACGUCCAUGUAAAGAGGACGCCCGCACGUGUCGAUGACAAAUUAGUGCGAAAAAUACCAGAAUUUCGACUGUUUGUUAAGAUUUUUGAUUUCCUGACACUAUUUGGUCAUCAUACCUAUCUUCUCAAUUAAGAAAGAAUAUUUAGUACUGCACUUCAAGCCAUGGAUUCAGAGAAGGCAGAUCACAAACCACAUCGUAAGGUCCAGUCCGGCCCUAAAGCUAAGAAGAAGAAAGAGAAGAACAAACAUGAGCAGGAACAGACAGCGCGGGAGAGGAACCCUCGAGCAUUUGCCAUCAAUUCAGUCAACAAGAGGGCACAAAGUGUCAGGAGGACCUUAGAUAUCAAGACCAAGAAGCAUCAUAUCCCAGUGGUAGACCGCACUCCCCUGGAGCCACCUCCUAUUGUGAUUGCAGUCGUUGGGCCACCCAAGGUUGGCAAAAGCACCCUGAUUCGAUGCUUGGUCAAGAGUUUCACCAAGCAGAAUCUGUCUGCCAUACAGGGACCAGUUACUCUGGUUUCAGGAAAGAAGAGACGAUUAACCUUCAUUGAGUGUAACAAUGACAUUAGCUGCAUGAUAGACCUAGCAAAGGUUGCUGACCUGGUUCUGCUGCUUGUGGAUGCCAGUUUUGGUUUUGAGAUGGAGACGUUUGAGUUCUUGAAUAUUGUACAGGUCCACGGAUUCCCUCGCAUCAUGGGUGUCUUGACUCACCUAGACCUGAUGAAGAAUAACAAGGCAUUACAGAAAACCAAGAAACGCCUCAAACAUCGAUUCUGGACAGAGAUCUAUCAGGGUGCCAAACUCUUCUACUUGUCUGGUAUGGUACAUGGUGACUACCAGAACAGAGAGAUUCUCAACCUGGGCCGGUUCAUAUCAGUCAUGAAGUUCCGUCCGCUGGUCUGGCGCACCACUCAUCCGUAUGUCUUAGCAGACAGAAUGGAAGAUUUGACGGAUCCAGAGCUGUGUCGGCAGAAUCCCAAAUGUGACCGAACCGUCAGCUUGUAUGGCUACAUGCGCGGUACACCAAUGAAGAAAGGUUGUAGCAUACACAUACCAGGCUGCGGUGACUUCCCAACCAAAGACAUCUCUUUCCUGCCUGACCCUUGCCCACUUCCUGACAAGGAGAAGAAACGCUCUCUGAAUGAGAAAGAACGCCUGAUCUAUGCACCCAUGUCUGGUGUUGGUGGCAUCAUCUAUGAUAAAGAUGUGGUGUACAUUGACUUGGGGAGUAAUCGUCCACACAGUGAAACCACUCUGGAGGAAGACAAACCGACCAAUGAGCUUGUCUCAGGCCUGAUCACUGCCCAGCAUACCUUGGAUACCAAGAUGGCUGCCAGCAAGCUGGCAUUAUUCCAAGGUUCAACACCCAUGACAUCAAAUGAGGUUACCAAUGAGCCGCAAACAAUUACUAUGCCGACUGAGGAAACCGUGGCAACCCAAGACGGCCGCAUCAGGAGGCGGGCUGUAUUUGUUGAGGGUGGAGAUGGAGCAAAUGAUAGUAUAGAAGAGGAUGAUGACGAUGAUGAAGAAAGUGGAAUCGAAGAAGAUGAAGAUGAUGAUAGCAAUGAGGAUUCCAGACAAGCACCUGAUUCCAAGCUGGAUUUACAAGAACAUUGCAGGAAAAAGUUCAAACAGGAUUUUGGGGAUGUUGCCUUUGCUGAUAGUGAAGAUGAACUUGAACUACAACAAGAAGUGCUACCAUGGAGCAAGAAAUCUUCAUCAAGGCGAGAGACAAUCAUGGGAAACUCAUCUCAGUGGGGGACAGAAAAAACAAAGGAGGGAGACGGGAGAACAGCAAAGAUGAGACACAGAGGAAAAAAGGAAGAAGAUGACGGGGAGGAUGAGGACAAUGAUGAUGAUGAGGAAAUCAACAUUGAAGGUGAUGAUGAAGAUGUAGGAAAUGAUACUGAUGACAGCAUGGAAGACGAAGAAGAAGAUGAUGAAGCUGAUGAUGAUGAUAACUUUCAUGUCAGUGAGUCACAGAUGCAACUUUUCAGAACAAGCAGAACCAAGAGCAGCUCUACACCACAUUCACAAACCAAAAACCUCUCCAUCAAAUCGGGUUCAAAGAAGGAAAGAACUAAACAGAAGGAUGUCACAAAGCCCAAAAUCAAAGACAACCACCUAGACAGUCAAAGCAUUGAAAACAAGGGAGGUGAUUCAUCAGAGGAAAUGAGCAAUCAAGACGAAGAGAACAGUCAUGACGAAGAAGAUGAUGAUGAUAAUGAGGGGGAUGAUGAAGAUGACUAUGAGGAGAAUGAAGGAUGGCAGGAGGCAGCCAGUCUUGACCAAGAUGAGGACAGGGCUGAUGAUGGAGGAGAGGAUUCUAUGUUUGGAUCAGGUCAUCUGAAGUGGAAGGAGAACUUGUUGGAAAAGGCAUCGCAGUCAUUUCUGAAGCAGCAGAGUAGCACGCCCAACCUUCGAAAGCUUGUCUAUGGGAGUGGAGGCAGCCAUAAUGAAGAGGAUCAGGAUGAAGACAAAGAAGAUGAUAAUCUUGGAGGUCUGUUCAAGGUGAGCAAGCCGGACAAGGACUCCAAGAGCAAAACCAGACGAGAGAUGAACGACCUGGACUGCUCUUCCUUCAUUGUGGAACAUGUCAGGGACUGGACCACAGAAGAGAUGAAGGAGCUGAUCCGUGACUGUUUUGUGACUGGACAGUGGGAGAAGGAAGAUGAUGCUAAAAUGCUCCUAGACCAAGACGAUGAGCUGUACGGCGACUUUGAAGACUUGGAAACUGGUGAGGUUCACCGAGGAAAGACACAACCCACAGAAGUACACUUUGCGGAUGACAGUAUCAGUGACAAUGAUGAAGAUGAUGACAGCAAUUAUGAAGAUAUGAAGAUGAAAUCUAAGGAGGAAAAUGGAAAGAGUGAGAAGGAGAAACGUUUGGAGAACAAGAGGAAACUGAAACAAGCAUUUGACCUGGACUAUGAUGGCAAGGGAGAUGGGGACUACUUUGAUGACCUGAAGGCACAGAUGGCUGAUCAGGCACAGCUGAACCGGGCUGAGUUUGAAGAUCUUGACGAUGAGCUCAGGACACAGUAUGAAGGUUUCAGACCAGGACUUUAUGUCAGGGUUGAGGUAACUAGCAUUCCGUGUGAGUUUGUGACCAACUUUAACCCAACUUACCCGGUCAUUCUUGGUGGAUUACUGAGUAGUGAGGAUAACAUCGGCUAUGUGCAGAUGAGACUCAAGAAGCAUCGAUGGCAUAGUCGCAUCCUCAAGACCCGAGACCCCCUCAUCUUCUCUGUGGGCUGGCGUAGGUUCCAGACUAUCCCACUGUACUGCAUGCAAGAUCACAACAUGAGGACCAGACUACUCAAAUACACUCCGGAGCAUCUGCACUGCACAGCCUCCAUAUGGGGUCCUAUUACUCCACAAGGAACAGGAGUUUUGGCUGUGCAGUCAGUUGCUGGCAGAAAUCCAGGUUUCCGUAUUGCAGCCACAGGAGUCAUCCUAGACUUGGACAAGUCUCUCAAUGUCGUCAAGAAAUUGAAGCUGAUAGGGACACCCAUCAAGAUUCACAAACACACGGCAUUUAUAGGUGGUAUGUUCAACACCCCAUUGGAAGUUGCCAGAUUUGAGGGUGCUUCCAUACGCACUGUCAGUGGAAUCCGAGGUCAGAUCAAGAAAGCCUUGCGGGCACCCGAGGGCGCUUUCAGGGCAACGUUUGAAGAUAAAGUACUCAAAAGUGAUAUUGUCUUCAUGAGAACGUGGCUGCCGAUUGAGAUCCCAAAGUUUUACAAUCCUGUCACGACGUUACUCCUGCCAAGGGAUGAGAAGGAUUCUUGGACAGGGAUGCGGACUGUCAGCCAACUUAGAAAAGACAAAAAUAUCAAGCUAGUCGCCAAUCCAGACUCUGUCUACAAGCCUAUAGAACGGAAGCCUCGUCACUUCAACGACCUUCGCAUCCCCAAGUCACUCCAGAGGGAGCUGCCGUUCAAGGACAAACCGAAGUCAGACAAUAAGAGAAAGCCUAGAAAGAGUGGGGGCAAGAACUUCCGAGCAGUUGUCCUGGAACCAGAAGAAAAGAAGGUGGUAUCAUUAAUGCAUCAACUGAGUGCAUUAUACAAGGAGAGACAACGCAAAGACAGGCAGACCAUGGUACAGAGAGUCAACACUCACAGACUGAAGAUGAAUGUGAUUGAAAAACAGAGGGACAAGCGACAGAAGGAGGCAAAGCAGGAGUUGUACCGGGCGCUAGGCAAGAUGCAGAAGAGGAAAGAAAGAGGGAAGAAACAAGACUAGGAACUAGACAUCCAUCUUAGACAUCAUCCAUUUUAGACAUCAUCCAUCUCAGACAUCCAGAGACAAACUGGAACAAAUACAGACAGACAGGAUCAACCUCACUCCCAAGAGAAAGUCACAGCCAUGGAGAAGUAGGAUUUGGCUGUAGUUUGCAUCAACCUUUUACUCAGGGCUAUGAUGUCACUGAAGGAAAGGUGGUAUGGAGAAUCUUGAAAUAUACGUUUAUCCAGCUUAUCUGUGCCUUCAACAACACACGAACAUUUGAAAAUGUGUACUGUUCUUUUCACACGCGAUCAUAUUCUAUAAGAAUGUGUUUUAAUAAAUGAACAUGAUCCUAUUGGUUCUACACAGGAUUUUUGUUUAAUUAAAAAACAUACAAAUAGCAUAAACAUACAAACUACAUGAUAGUUACUACAGUGAAAUAUAUCAAAUUAGGUUUUGCCCUUCUUAUGAAGGGCAAAUUCCAUCUUAUGAGUGAAAUAUAUAAUGAUCAAACAUGGACAAAGCCCACUCAUACAGUAGCAAUAAUUAGCACCAAUCUGCAUGUCAAUAAGUAACAAGUUUUAAUAGAGCUAUUGAAAAAAAAAAACAAUUUUAAUCUGCUUAUACUUUAAUGUUAAUGGUUAGAAACAUUGGAUGUUAAUUUGUGUCCUUUUGGUCCAGUAUGAAGGUUUUAAAUUUAUUUACAAGUAUGUGCUGUGACAGAAAAUUAGUUACAAUGCAUUUUCUUUUUGAGCUAAGACAGCAUUAAAACAGAACAUACAUGUAUAUAAUCUUGAACCCUUACAUAAUUUGUGCUGAAUUAACUUCAUCUCACAAGUUUCAGAUUUUAUUAAAAUCCAUUGCAUGGAUGAAUCAUAAAUCAAAUCCUGAGGAAGGUCAUACUAAUACUGUUAUUACAGUUCAUUUGAAUAGACUAGCAAGUUGACACGGCAUCCGUUAGCUGGGUGGAGUCGUAAAGUGAAAACUUGAGAGAUUUAUGAACAUGAUGCAUUAUCAUCGUAAAACGUGGCAGUGGCCCUACUAAGGCCCCCCCAAAAAGUCUUCGGUCAAAAGUGGUGCGACGACGCGGCUUUUUUUUCCCUACUUUUUUUUUCUUCACAUGUCGGGUGAUGUUGCAGAUGACGCUUGGAUCCCCUUAAAACUCUCAAAAAUAUCCUUCAGGGUGGAGUUUGAGGUGACCUCAGUGAGGCCAUAAGGCUUGAGAAUUCUGCACCCACUUACGAUCUCGACCAACAUGAACAUUCUCCGGGAAAUUUGGAUUGUCAAGACAAAAACCAGGGAAAAUGGAAACGUCAUGCGUGUGCUGCCACGCUGGUCAUUAGUCUGCUCCCUUACAUAUUGCGCUAAUUAAAAAACGUUUACAG